AUGAUAUAUCUAUUUUAUAUUAUAUUAGGUGGAGCUGGUGGCUGUGGAAAAUCUCGAGUAACCGAAGCAAUAUGUGCUUUUAUGUCUCAUCAUGAUCGAUUGCAUACAUUACGGAGUCUUGCACCAUCAUCUGCAGCUGCAGUAGCAAUUAAUGGUUUAACUAUACAAUCGAUGCUACGUGAAAAUCGACAUAGAUUAUCAAUAAAAACAACUUUAACUCAAACAGAAAUAGCUACUAUUGAAACUGAAUGGAAAAACAUUGAUUAUUGUUUGAUAGAUGAAAUUUCCAUGGUUGGUUGUCAUAUGUUAGCACGACUUCACAAAAUAACAACAAUUGCAAAACAUACACAACCGUCAAUUCCAUUUGGUGGUAUCAACAUGAUAUUUCUUGGCGAUUUUGUACAAUAUCCACCAGUUCUUGAUCGACCUCUUUAUCUAAAUUUAUUAUCAUCUAAUGACACCUUAAAUGAUACUCUAAAUUUUAACAAACAAAAUCAUAAACGACAAAAUUUAUCUGAGCGUGAUAUACAAUGCAAAGUUGGUCGAGCAUUAUGGUUGCAAGUUAAUAAAGUAUUUUUUUUGACUGAACAAAUGCGAAAUAAAGAUCCAGUGUUUAUGGCCAUGCAAUCAAGAUUGAGAACCGAUUAUGAACUUUUAUGCAAACGUGUUGUUUCACCUGAAAAUGACAUUAAAUCAUUACGUGAACAACCAUGGAAUUCAGCAACAAUCCUAGUUUUUAGAAAUGAAAUAAGAACAAACAUUAAUAACUAUUGUGUAUUUGACGAAAGUAAAAAAUUUAAUCAAUUACCAAUGGUACUUGUAGCAAAUGAUCGAGUUAGAAAUCAUGAAAUUGAUAGUAAUGAUCUUCGUCGUUUUUUACUUUCAAUACCAGACAAUAAAACGGAAGGCUUGCCAGGAUAUUUGCCAAUUGUAAUGAAUAUGCCGGUUCUUAUUACACAUAAUAUUGCGACUGAACUUCAUAUUUCUAAUGGUUCAAUUGGUCGAUUAGUUCGUCUAGUAAUCGAUGAUGAUCAAAACUCAACUACUAAUGCUAAUUUGUCUGAUUCUAAAUUUCCAAUUAAUACUAUUUAUAUUAGAAAACCAUUAUAUGCAUUAAUAGAACUACCAAAAUCUAAACUAACAAAUUCCUUAACAGAUCUACAACCAACUAUCAUACCUAUUGUGCCACAAGAAAAAACAAUUAAAAUUGAUUUAAAAUCAUUUAUGACUGCAGCACAAAUAAGACUCUUAAAUAAUAAAACAUCUAUAACUAUUUCACGAACUCAAUUACCUAUAGUACCGGCUUAUGCAAUGAAAACACAUAAAUGUCAAGGUAAGACAUUGCCAUAUGGUAUAAUAGAUUUAGUUCCUCCACCAUAUUAUAAAUCCGAUCUUGCAAAUGUGUAUGUACCAAUAUCACGUUUUACAUCUCGUGAUACUAUGGCUAUAUUACGACAUUUUCCUCGAUCAAUAUUGGACCAAAAACCACAUCCUGAUAUGAUUAUUGAAUUAAAACGCUUAGAAAAUUUAUCAAAAUAUAAUGAAAACUAA